GGGGGGGGGGGGGGUCCCGCGGGGCUCUCACCGCCCGCUGAACCUCCGCCUUCCCGCAGGGCGCGGGCAGUGUCUGCGGGCCCGCAGCGGCGGCCCGUCCGUGCGGCAGGGCAGGGCACGGCUCGGCUCGGCUCGGCUCGGCCGCCUCCUUGGGCUGGGACAGCUGGAGCGCUGCCGCCGUCAGUGUGGCAGCUAAAACAGCUUUAAAGAAUGAGGCGAUAACCCUAAAACAUCGAACCAAGCUUUGAAGUUUCAUCAUCCUUGUCAAGAUCUGGAAGUGCAGCUCAAGAUAUGGCAGUGCCCAUAAACCACUAGUGGGCUGAAGAGAUGUUUUUGACAGGAGGCUUGAAAUCUCUCCUUCCCCAUGUGCUAAGAAGAAUAAUUCGAUGCAACAGACUGAGUAUUAGUAAUACUUCUGGAAUGGCAGAAGGCUAUAAACAGGCCAAUGUUGUGAUUUUGCACAAGUCCCUGGCUGAUGACUUUGAGAAGUUUUGCCAUGCAAAUAAUGGACCUCUGCCGCUGCUGUACAGAAGUAAACCAGGUGAUUGGAAAUGUCCUUCUCUGAGUAGUGAUUCUGAUAUCAGAACUGACUGCCUACAGUACAAAAUAUAUGAGCAUGGAGCUUGUACUGGAUCACUGAAAAGCCUAAAGGAGUAUUCUGAACAACUUAAGGACAUGGUGACUUUUUACUUAGGCUGCAGUUUCUCUUUCGAAAAAGCAGUCCAAAAUGCUGGCAUUCCCAUAAGAAACGUUGAGCAAAAAUGUAAUAUAAGCAUGUAUAAGGUAAGUAUAUGCACACUCACCAUCAGUGAGGAUGAUGAAUUCCAUAGAACCCUUCUAGAGGCACAAAAGUUUUUGUAUGCGUGGAACUGGCAUGCUGCUUCUGUAGAAGUGGGUCUGCUGGGAAUACCAGAUCUUUCCAAACCAGACUAUGGAGAUCCAGUUCACCUUCACCCUGGUGAUAUUCCAGUGUUUUGGGCCUGUGGAGUAACAGGAGUAGAAGCAGUCAUCAACUGCAGAGCUCCAUUAGCUUUUACUCAUUAUCCUGGCUGCAUGUUCAUUACUGACCUAAAGAAUGACAACGUCACAGUCAGAUCCUCAAGAGAAGUCCCACAAGUCCACUGCAUUUCUCAAGAUCCUCUGCAUUAUAGUAUUGUGUCAGCAGAAGCAGCCCAAAAGAUAAAGACUCUAGAGACUCUAAUUGGAAUAGAUCCAGGAGACCGGGGUAUAAUUCAUCUACGCUGCCAAGAUGAGCUGCUGAAGGCUUGCCUGUCCAUCUCCCAUGCUCGGUCGGUGCUGAUAACAACUGGAUUUCCUACCCACUUCACUUAUGAGCCACCGGAAGAGAAUGAUGGGCCCCCAGGAGCCCUCGCUAUUGCAGCUAUGUUGCAGGCCUUGGAGAAAGAGGUUGCCAUAGUAACAGAUCAGAGAGCCAUGAAUCUGAAUAAAAAGAUUAUUGAAGAGGCUGUUCAACUAGGAAUCCUGAAGAGACCUGUCCCUCUAUUGAGUUAUCAAAGGGAAAAUGCUAAUUCAGCUUUAAUGUUUUUGUGUGAGAAUGGGAAUCCUGGAAGACCUAGAUUUGAUCACCUGAUAGCAAUAGAGCGUGCUGGGAUGGCUGCUGAUGGAAAUUAUUACAAUGCCAGGAAAGUUAACAUUAAACAUCUAGUGGAUCCCAUAGAUGAACUAUUUUUAGCUGCACAAACCAUUCCAGGAAUCACAACAACAGGUGUUGGAGAUGGAGGAAAUGAAUUAGGAAUGGGCAAAGUAAAAGACGCUGUAAAGAAGCACAUAAAAAAUGGAGAUGUUAUAGCUUGUGACGUUGAAGCCGAUUUUACUAUUGUAGCUGGGGUCUCUAACUGGGGAGGCUAUGCCAUUGCUUGUGCUCUGUAUAUUCUCAGCACUUGUGAAAUACAUGACCGCUAUCUGAGGAAAGCUGUUGGGUUUCCACAGUUAUCGAAGAAGAUGGUCUGGCUAUUGGCACUUCCAUCGGUUACCAAGGAAGAAAAGCUUCUGAAAACACUUGUGCGGCACAGGGUCCGCAGUGGAAAAACUGCCAGUCUAGAAAUGGAAGUGGACGGGCUGCCCUUCUACAACACCCAUUUGCUUAUGAUUGAAAAGCUGCUGCAAGAAGCGCAGCAGUGACUGCCCCAAAUGAUUUCUAUAUCAAGAGUUGUUCCCAUGUUAUUUCCUUAUUCCCUAGGCUCUCACAAGAUACAUAAGAUCGGAAAAAGAUGACUUUUCAUCUCUGGUGUCUUGGCCACGCGCAACCUUUCAUUGUUAUCCUUACAACAUCUCUGUGAAGCGAGAAGGGGAUAUCAUCAUGAUGAUUUGGUCUACCUUUCUUUUCUGUAAUGUUACAAUGGAUAAUGGAUAUGAAAUGAUAUUAUAUACUAAGAGGUGAUCUGGCUUUUACAAAGAAAGCUUGUCAUUAAAAUGAAAUAUUAUUGCA